GUUAUUUUAGAAAUUAAAACAUCAAUUUACACGUGAGACGUAUACAUUUAGGCAUUUAUCUGUUUAUUUAUGUAUGUUUUAUGCUUCAUAUGAACAUUUGGAAUUACAUUUAUACGAUUUGAUGAGACUUUAAGAUGGACAAGGAAUUGCUCGAGAAGGAGUUAGCUCCAUUCCUCGACCCUUCGACAAAAGAGGAUGUGAAAACAGUUGCAGUUGAAAAUGUUAAGGGACUUACCGGUACUGUUGAAGGGAAAACUUUUCUUUGUGAAAGCGAGAAACUACUAUCUGGGAUUGUGUCACUUACCAACGAUAAGAGAACAGACAUUAAGGAGAUGGUUUUGAAAGCUCUGAUAAACAUUGCAGCUGAUGAAAAUUCCAGUUGGACAAUAUUGAACCUUAAGAAUUAUGAAAAAAAGGUUUGUGAUUGGUUAGAAGAAGGUUUGAAUCCUAAGUGUAAGUAUGCGGAUCUUACCUGCAAACUUGUGUCAAAUUUGACUCGGUAUGAAAAAUGUGCAGACUAUGUUGGAAAGUUGGUUUUGAAGGAGAAGUCUACAAUUGGAAUAGAUAAGAUUGUGUUGGCUCUUUGUAAUAUCAUGCAUAAUGACAAUGCCGACCUCCAUUAUUUAGGUGCAAUAUUGUCAAACUUGUCACAAUCAAGAGAGGUUAGAAAACACAUCAUGGAUAAAGAACAGUGCAUUAUACAGAGGUUACUGCCAUUUACAGAAUUCAGACAGUCCGAAAUCAGACGAGCAGGAAUUGUUGGAACUCUGAAAAAUUGCUGUUUUGAUACAGAAUAUCAUGAUUGGUUGCUUGGCGACCAGGUGGACAUAUUGCCCCGGUUACUGUUGCCCCUGGCGGGCCCGGACGAAUUUGACGAUGACGAUAUGGAACGAUUACCUGAUGACCUGCAGUACCUUCCAGAAGAUAAAGAGCGUGAACCAAUUGCACCCAUUCGAAAAAUGUUGUGUGAAGCUUUAUUGCAGCUAUGUGCAACACGGGCGGGCAAGAAGUACAUCAAAGACAAGAACACAUAUGUUAUCAUGCGGGAGUAUUUCAAAUGGGAGAGAGAGAUGGACCCUGUCAAUGAGAUUGCAGCCAUGAAUGUGAUUGAUAUGAUGAUUGGUGACGAACCCACAGAGGAAUUUGGAGAGAACCUGAAGGAUGUGGAUAUUCCUGAAGAUGUCUUGAAACGUUUCCAUGAAGACGACCGAAAAGAACGAGAGUUUGCGGAGAAGGAACGGCAGGAAAAACUGGCAGAAAUGAAAGAGUUAAAAACAAAAGGCAACUCCUAAGUGUUCAAAACUAUAUAAAUCAGAGUUAUCUUUCAACCAUAUUUUUUCAUGUUCAUUUAGCUAAAAUCUCUUUCCUGAUAUUUCUUUAUUAUUACUUUUAUAAGAUUUUCAUGUAUAGGUAUCGGAAUGCAACUGUUAGCACAAAUAUUUUUAUUUGAUUUAUUUUUAAUUAUGCCCCCCUUCGAAGAAGAGGGGUAUAUUGCUUUGCACAUGUCGGUCUGUAGGUCAGUCGGUCGGUCCGUCCGUAGGUAGACCAAAGCUUGUCCAAGUGAUAACUCAACAAUUCCUGGACUUAUGGUCAUCAAACUUGACAUGAAGGUUGGGCCUGACCAGUAGAUGACCCCUAUUGAUGUUAGGGCUCAUUGGGUCAAAGGUCAAGGUCACAGUGACCUUUAAUGGUAAAAGAAUUUUGAAGCUUGUCCAAGUGAUAACUCAAUGAUGCCUAGACCUAUGGUCAUCAAACAUUAUAUGGAAGUUGGGCCUGACCACUAGAUGACCCCUAUUGUUUUGGGGGUCAUCGGGCCAAAGGUCAAGAUCACAGUGACAUUGAAUGGUUAACUCGACAAUGCCCGCACCCAUGGCCCUCGUAUUUGUCUUGGAGGUUUGGCCUGACCAAUACAUGACCCCUAUUGUUUUGGGGGGUCAUUGAGCCAAAGGUCAAGGUCACAGUGACCUUGAAUGGUUAAAUGUUAUCUAUGUGAUAACUUGACAAUGCCUGCACCCAUGGCCCUCAAACUUGAUUUUGAGGUUGGGCCUGACCAGAAGAUGGCCCCUAUUGAUUUUAGGGGUCAUUGGGCAAAAGGUCAAGGUCACAGUGACCUUGAAUGGUUAAAGGUUGUCCGAGUGAUAACUCGACAAUGCCUGCACCCAUGGCCCUCAAACUUGACUUGGAGGUUGGGCCUGACCAGAAGAUGGCCCCUAUUGAUUUAAGGGGUCAGUGGGCAAAAGGUCAAGGUCACAAUGACCUUGAAUGAUAAAAGGUUGUCCCGAGUUAUAACUCAACAAUGCCUGCACCCAUGGCCCUCAAACUUGACUUGGAGGUUGGGCCUGACCAGUAGAUGACCCCUAUUGAUUCUAGAGGUCAAAGGUCAAGGUCACAGUGACCUUGAAAGCAAACUCGACAAUUUCUGGACCUAUGGUCAUUAAACUUUACGUUAAGGUUGGGCCUGACCAGUAGAUGACCCCUCUUGACUUUGGGGGUCAUCGGGCCAAGGUCAAGGUCACAGUAACCUUUAACACUAAAAAGUAAACAAAUCUUCUCCCAGUGAUAUCUCAAAAAUUUCUGAACUUAUGAUCACCAAACAUAACGUGGAAGUUGGGAAUGACCAGUAGAUGACCCUUAUUGAUUUAGGAGUCACCGGGUCUAAGGUCAAGUUCACAGUGACCUUGAAUGCAAAAACGUUUCAAGUGAUAACUAGACAAUGCCUGCACCCAUGGCCCUCAAACUUGACUUGGAGUUAUGUUUGACCUGUAGAUGACCCCUUAUGAUUUUAGGGGUCAGCGGGUCAAAGGUCAAGGUCACAGUGACCUUGAACGAAAAAAGCUUGUCUGUGUGAUAAAUUGUCAAUGCCUGCACCCAUGGCCCUAAAACUUCUCAUUAGGAUUUUGCUGACCAGCUGAUGACUCCUAUGGAUUUUGAGGUCAAAGGUCAUGGUCAUAACACACCCUAUUCUCACACUUUCAUAAUUUUAAAACUGCCUCAACGGCAUCCAAUGUCAGUGACAAAUCAGCUGUCAUUUCGGUCCAUGCAGAUUUCAUUUAAUUAUCCAUAUAAUCCUGACAACAUUGCGCUCAGGGGGAGGGGGGGGCAUAAUGUUUGACAAACAUCUCUUGUUAUUUUUAUGUUAGCAUUCAUCUUUAACAAGGAGGAAAGCAUAUUGACAUUGCCUUGAUGUUUUGGCCUUGACGUUGUCAUUAUUUAUUUCAUACCAAGAAUGAAACUGUGCUGAAGUACAAUUUGCACCUGUAGGUGUAACAAGUCCCAUAACUGAAGCUGAAGGUAGUCCAUCUAUCAAUGAUACGUAAAAAUUCAUUAAAGAUGCAUUUUUACUGCAAAAUGAGAUUUAUUAGAAUUAAUAAUAUCGUUUGUAAUAUUCCAAAAAGGAUGAACAAUCAUCUAAUAUUUUUUGCACUUUCAGCUAUUAAAUACAAUACAGUCUUGUUAUCUAUAAUUAAUAUUUUCCAUACAUGUAUUUUUUAGUAAGAAGCUAAAGGUUUAUCAGUCAAAAUUGAUGUUUGUUAUACAUGCGUAUGUAUUGAAUUUGAAUAAGUUGUAGUUUCAUUUUAAGGUUUCGAUUUUUAAGUUUUUCCGGAGAGUUUCUUUUAUAUACCGUAGGUUUUUUAAAAAAACAAAAUAAUGAAAUUGCUCAACUAGUAAAAUCAUAGUAUAGUUUUGUUGUUAUUAUCUCCCUUAAAUAUUUCAUAUCAUAAUUACAUCAAUAGUAGCAUCAUUAUGGUGUUGUUGAUAAGUGUAGGCCAAGCAAAAAUAAUACAGUGGUUAAUCAAUUUAAAUGAAACAUGGAAAUAAUCUUUAUGUGAAUACUGUAUCUCUUAUGCACUUACACAUCUUUGCAACCUAUUGAUGGAUGGCUUACUACACAUAUUAAUUAUUCUAGCACACCGGAUAGGCAUUUCCGGUGAAUUCAGUCGUGCUGGAAAACUCCAUCUGGCACCCCCCAUGCCAGAUGAGUCAUGCGCUGUGAUGUCAUACUUUAAAUUUCUUUUAUAAAACACUCAAUGUAACCAUAGUUAUGAGAUUUCAAUAGAUGAGUUCCAUUAACAUUAACUUUACAAAAUAUUCCUUAAAAACAAAACAAAAUUACCCCUAAAAGAUGUGAUAUCGAAGGAACUUAUUGACGUAUGUAGUGAAUACAAAUUACUGCGCGUCAUGACGUCAGUAAACAUCAUCGCACGCGCUUUUUGGUGAAAUGUACAAAAACGCGCUUUCUUAUGUAUUUUCUUCACAAAAAAUGUAAUUAAAUGUAUGCUAGAAAAAAUAUCUAUCAUGUGUGUCCGUUCCGGAUAGAAAAAUCCGACCCUCGGGCACGCUGCGUAGCCGGUAACUCGGCUAGCCUCGUUACCUGGCAACGCAGGUGCCCUCGGGUCGGAUUUUUCUAUCCGGAACGGGAACACAUGACAUAUAUUAUUAAUAAUGCCCCUUUGUCUACUGAGCAAAACCGACGAUUUGUGUUAUCUUUUAGUGAUACUUGUCUUCUAGCUGAAUGUAAUAACAUUUUUGGUAGAUUUGUAUAAGAUAAGAAAUUGUUUUUUUUUAUACAAUAUUGUUUCAACAAUUAAUUUAUUCUGUUCUUCUUCAUCAGACAUGGUGAAUUAUGAAUGUUGAAACCAUUAUUUCAUUAAUGUUGAUUGUUAUACAUUGUUAAUUUGUUUAUGUAUGCUUCAGGAUUGAGGCAUUGAGUAAUCACACUGUACGCCAUCAGAAAGUUUAAAUGAAGUAUUGAAAGCUUAUGAAGUCCAAAGAAUUAAGUAAUUUAAAACGUAGCUUAGCCCUGAUUUUGAAAUGAUGAACAACAGUUAUCAAAUAACUACUAUUUGAAAGCAACUGACAGACUCAUAGUUUAUUUCACUAUUACAUAUGACAUAGCCAUGAUAGUGUAGGACUUACAUAGCAUUUAAUUUCUUCCAUGCCUUUGUUAACCUUAGAUACCUGCUGCAGUGAUUUCAUUCAGUCUAUUGGCUAAUUCAUUGCAUACAUAUUUCAAUAAUAUUUUUAAACGCUCAGAUUAUACUCUUUCAAAUAAAUUAAACCUUAAGUGGUUUUUAGCUUACCCUAGCACGAAGUGCUGAAGUCGAGCUAUUGAGAUCGUCUAAUGUAUGUCGUUCAGCGUCAAAAACGUUAAAUCCUUAAAAAUCUUAAUUCUGAACCAGUGCUGAGCUGAUCACUGGUUAAAAAAAACGCUGCAGCUCGUUUCAAACAUUUGAGCACCUCAACGGUUAUUGGCCAUUUAUUCAGGAUUCUCGCAAAUGAAUAGUCAAACAAAUCUUUUAAUAAAAUUGUAAAUGUGUGCCCUUACAGAAUCUAAUUAGAAGACUAUGAUUGUAGUUAAAAUUGAAUUGUUUAUGAAUCUUUAUACAAGUAUGCAUGCCCGAAUAAAUGCAUCAAUAUCUCCUC